AUGGAGGAGGAGGUGAGCAUGGAGUAUUUACUGGAGCAGGUGAUGCAGAAGGACCUGGGGAAGAGGCUCCAGGUGGGGCAGGAGGUGACGGAGCUCAUUCUGGACGAGGAGAAGUCUUGUGACCUGGAGCAGGACCAGACGUCGCUGGACAGGAUGGUGGACGCUGUGGCGAGCUCCUGGGUCAACGCCAGCAACUUUAAGGUGGUGUUGCUCGGUAUGGAUAUUCUGUCGGCUCUGGUCAGCAGACUACAGGAGAGGUUCAGGACUCAGGUGGGAACAGUCCUGCCGAGUUUAAUCGAUCGACUCGGAGACGCCAAAGAUCAAGUUAGAGACCAAGACCAAGCGCUGCUGCUCAAGAUCAUGGACCAGGCUGCAAACCCACAGUAUGUGUGGGAGCGGAUGAUGGGAGGCUUCAAGCAUAAGAACAACAGGACCAGAGAAGGACUUUGCCUCUGCCUCAUCUCAACUUUAAAUGUGUUUGGAUCUCAGAGUCUGACACUCAGUAAAAUCGUCCCUCACAUCUGUAAUCUCCUCGGAGAUCCGACAAGUCAGGUGCGUGACGGAGCCAUGAACUGCCUCGUAGAGAUCUAUCGCCACGUUGGAGAGCGAGUGAGGAUGGACCUCGGGAAGAAGGGUCUGCCUCAGUCACGGCUGAACGUCAUCUUCAGUAAAUUUGAUGAAGUUCAGCGGUCGGGGAACAUGGUGCUGUCACCUGUGUCAGACGCUUUGUUGGGUUCAGUGUAG